AUGGUCAGACUGGCCUCGUCGGCCAGGCCUUCCAGGUUGCGGGAUGUGUCCUCGUUGCGUUUCAAUUCGACGCUCGCUUCGGCCGCAUACACUGCGCCAACAUCUCAGGAUGUCUCAACGAGCAAGACGGCCGAGGAGUUGAAUCCGAUCGAUCGCCGCCGGCUCGAGUCCAUGCUGCGAGUGGACCACGCGGGGGAAGUGGCGGCCAACACCAUCUAUGCCGCACAGGCACGCGUGUUUUCAUCCAUAAUGGGCGAUGCUAAGACGGCCAAGAUGUGUGAAGAGAUGUGGGAGACGGAAAAAAAGCACCUUGCGGUGGCCAAAAGACUUCUCGAUCAGCACCGGACCCGACCCAGCUUCUUGAUGCCUGUCUGGGGCGCAGCAGGCAGCGUCUUAGGGAGUGCUACGGCACUUCUUGGAAAGGAAGCAGCUAUGGCCUGCACCGAAGCCGUCGAGACUGUCAUUGGAGAGCACUAUGACGAUCAACUGCAACAUCUCUCGCGUAUGGAGGAGGCGCACCCUUCACUAAAGCUCCUUUCGCGCGUCAUUGUAGAGUUCCGAGAUGACGAGCUCGAACACCUUGAUACGGCAGUCGAGCAUGACGCCCAGCAAGCGCCAGCACAUGCGCUCCUCAGUGCCAUCAUUGGCUUUGGCUGCAAGGGUGCCAUCCAGAUUGCCAAGCGCCUCUAA